AUGUCGCCCGCAGCCAAGCCGCAGCCGCGGUUCCGCAAGAUCCAGAGCUUCAAGACUGACUACGCUCCUUGUCAAAUCAGCCAGUAUGUCUCGGAGAGAAGUGGCAUGCAAGUUGUUGUCGCCGAUCGCAAGGGGCCUAAGACGAACGGUUACUUCACCCUUGCCACCGAGAUCUUUGACGAUUCUGGCGCCCCUCACACUCUCGAGCAUUUGAUCUUCAUGGGCUCCAAGAACUACCGCUACAAAGGUCUUCUCGACAAGCUUGCGUCACGAGCGUACUCCGGAACCAAUGCCUGGACUGCCACAGAUCAUACCGCCUACACCCUGGAGAGCGCCGGAUGGGAGGGUUUCUCUCAGAUUCUGCCUGUGUACCUCGAGCACGUCAUCUUGCCUAUUCUCACAGACGAAGCAUGCGUGACUGAGGUCCACCACAUCGACGGCGAAGGCAAUGAUGCCGGCGUGGUUUACUCGGAGAUGCAAGCAGUUCAGUUCAAGAGCGCGGAGAUUAUGGACCUCAAGGCCCGUCGCCUCCUGUACCCUGAGAACGUUGGCUUCCGCUACGAAACCGGUGGCAUGACAGAUGCGUUGCGCGUCUUGACAAACGAACGCAUUCGCCAAUUCCAUCGGGACAUGUAUCAACCCAAGAACCUCUGCGUUGUCAUCAUUGGCGAAGCGGACCACGACAACUUGCUGCAGAUCCUGGACGAGUUCGAAGAGAGCAUCAAGGACGAUCUUCCACCUCUGGAUGCGCCAUUCGAAAGGCCUUGGAUCGACUCGGCUCAGCCUCCGGCUCUCAAAGAAUCUAUCAUCACCACGGCCGAAUUCCCGGAAGAGGACGAGUCCACCGGCGAGAUCACUGUGGCUUUCUUCGGUCCUAACUGCAACGACAUUAUAGCGACCUCCGCGCUCAACGUUCUCUUGACGUAUCUCUGCGGAUCUUCCGUGUCCAUCCUUGAGAACGUCAUCGUCGAGAAAGAGGAGCUUGCCAGCUCAGUCUCGUACUGGUGGGAUGCCAGACCCAACUCUGUCAUCUGGUUCCAGCCCACUGGUGUGGAGACGGAGAAGCUCGAGUUCGUUGAGAAAAGAUUGAUUGAUCUCCUCAAAGAGGUUGCCUCGAAGCCUCUUGAUAUGGAGUACUUGACUUCGUGCAUCCACCGCGAGCGCCUUCAGGUCAAAUUCCAGGCUGAAGAAUCGGAGAGCUUCUACUCGACCAACAUCAUCACGGAUUACCUCUUCGGUAAUCGCGACGGUUCGACUCUCAAGGAGUUGGAGUCUUUGUCAGAGUAUGAAGUUCUCGAAAAAUGGACAGACGAGCAAUGGAGAGACUUCCUGCGCAAGUGGAUAUCCGAUGCUCCCCACGUCUCCAUCCUUGGCAAGCCGUCCCAUGAGCUUGCAACGAAGCAGAAGGCAGACGAAGAGGCUAGAUUGGCCAAGAGAAAGCAGGAGCUCGGUGCCGAUGGGUUGGCCAAGCUCAAGAAGCGUCUCGAGGAUGCCAAGACCAAGAACGACGAGCCUAUCCCCGCCUCGGUGGUAGACCAGUGGCCCGUUCCCGGUACUGACUCCAUUCACUUCAUCGAGUCGGACACAGCCAGAACAGGAAAGGCUAGGAGCUUAGGAUUGCCAAACAACUCGGCGCAGAAGAUUAUCGAUGGCGCGAAGCAGGGCCAGGAUCCCCUCUUCAUUCAGUUCGAGAGCGUGCCGAGCAACUUUGCCCAUGUGACAAUCUACAUGGGCACUUCACAGGUGCCACUUGAGCUCAAGCCUUUGCUGCCCAUCUUCAACGACAACUUUUUCAACACUCCCAUCAUGCGUGAUGGCGAGAAGAUAGGCUUCGAACAGGUCGUCAUGGAGCUGGAACAGGAUACCAUUAGCUACGGUCUCCGUUCCACACGAGACUAUGGUGACCCGGAUGGCAUCAUGAUCCAGUUCCAGAUCGAGCCUGAGAAGUACUCCACUGUCAUCAACUGGGUUCGGACCAUGAUGUUCGAUAGCGUUUUCGAUAUCCAGCGCCUCAAGGCUGGGGUCCAGAAGCACUUGGCCGACAUUCCCGAAAUGAAGCGUGAUGGCCGGUCUAUGGCCUCCGAGGUCGACAUGUCCAUUCACAUGAAGAAGGAGUCAUACUCCGUGGCCAAGCGUGCUCUCGUCCGUGCCAUCUACCUGCGCCGCCUGAAGAAGCUCAUUGCCUCGGACCCGGAGAAGGUUCUUUCGUGGUUCGAGCAGCUCCGCAAGUCCCUCUUCACCUUCAACAACGUACGCGUUCUCGUCACCGCCGAUGUUGCCCGUCUGCCGGAGCCCGUCGCCGCCUGGGAUAUUCUCAGCAAAGAACUCAAGCCCGUUGACGAGCUGAUCCCCAUCAUCAAGCCCCAUACCCUGCUCACCUCCGACGGUCAGGCCCCGGGUAAGGUCGGUGCCGUCAUCGUCCCCAUGACCACCGCGGACAGCUCUUUUGGCGUCAGCACGGCCAAGGGCAUCACCUCCUUCGAGGAUCCGCGCCUGCCCGCCAUCAUGGUGGCCAUCGGCUACCUCGAAUCCGCCGAGGGCCCCCUCUGGAACUCCGUACGCGGUCAAGGGCUGGCGUACGGCUCGUACUUCGCAAGGGAGCUGGACGCCGGAAUCAUUCAGUACAAGGUGUACCGCUCGCCGGACGCCAGCAAGGCGUUCGCCGCCUCGCGCGAGACGAUCCGCAAGAUCGCCGACGGAGAGACGCCCAUCGACCGGCACCUCAAGGAAGGCGCCAUCAGCCAGGUCGUCGUGGGCUUCGCCGACGAACAGUCUACCAUGGCUUCUUCCGCUGCCCAGAACUUCAUGCUGGCUGUCGUGCGCAGCCUCCCGCUCGACUGGCACAAGAAGAUCAUGCGGGACGUCCGUGAUGUCACGAACGACCAGAUCAAGGCUGUCCUGAAGGAGCUCAUCAUGCCGUUGUUUGAGCCCAAGACCAGCAACGUAGUCAUCACUUGCGCUCCUAUUCUCGAAGAUAACAUCCAGACGGCCUUCCGUGAGAUGGGGUACGCCACGCAGACAAAACCCCUCGCCGACUUCCACGACGACUACGGUUUCGAAUACGCCGAGGACGACGGCGAGGACGAUGAGGACGACGAGGACGAGAGUGGCAGCGAGGGCGACUACAGCGACUCUGAGGGCGACUCUGACUCCGAGUGA